UAAAAAUAUAUAGUUCGUGUAACGGAACUAUCUACUAUCUACUUCUUACCAAAGAGACACUAAAUAUUUGUUUCACGCACGACACAUAACAAUGUGUUUUUAAACAUUUCAACUAUUUUAUUAUUCAAGCUUCGUCAGCUGGCUCUUUUGUGAGUCUAACAUGAUGCAUUGCCUUGUUAUACAUCCGAGGAAAACUAGACAAUGCUUCCGCGACCCAACUUGAGCUUCACGCUCCCUAGCAUCCACGAUAAUACCAAACUCGAUUGUCGCAUCUACCAUCCGGUACGCUCUGAUCAGCCGCUUACACUGUCCGAUCCAUCAUGGCCUCGACAUGCUGCCGUGGUCGCCCACCCAUAUGCACCACUCGGAGGAACCUACGACGACCCUAUUGUACUUCUUGUGACUAGUACACUACUUCAUCUCGGUUUCGUGGUCGCGACAUUUAAUUUCAGGGGCGCCUCGUCCUCCAACGGUCGCACGUCGUGGACAUCGAAGCCUGAGCGAGCCGACUACAUGUCCGUCGCCGGAUUUCUCGUUUAUUACCUACACUAUUUGGGCGCUCCCCAGAACCAACCGCGCCAUAUCGAAGUAGACGAGAACUCGGCUCCAACUUUGUUACUUGCUGGAUAUUCAUACGGCGCCAUGGUGACGCUCCAACUCCCCCCUCUCGAUUCCUACCUGUCUCGCUUCGCCUCGCCUGCCACACACACCGCCUUCGCAGAUAUUCGACUGCGAGCACAGCACCUUGCCGAAGAGCAGGUAAUCAUGUUUACUACUCCUGCCUCGCCGAGAAAGUCGCUGGGCAUGCGUGUCGGUGGAAGUGAGGAUAUAUCACCAAAAGCCCGUGAUAAACAAAGAGCACAUUCCCCAGACCCAGAAGAGAAGAUACGGAGAGGCGUCAGGGACAUAUUAUCUCGGAGUAAGUUUAUACAUAGGAGACGUAACACUCCACCUAUCGAUCAAGGUACAGGAGGCGAUAUCGAAAUUCCAUGCUUGGAACAUGUCAACAACUUAAUCAGGUUUCGUACUGCCUAUCUGUUAGUGUCACCCCCGCUAGGCUUCGUUACGAAUUUGGCAACUAUGUCCUUUUCAAAUCUCUGGGCAAAGAAAAAGAAAGGUGGGCCUGCCAAAGACCACGAGGACGAUAGGAAGCGGGAAGAGGGUGAGGUUGAGGCCGAGGCGAAGCUCACCGCCAACCCUACCCUUGCUAUAUAUGGAGAUCAAGAUAGUCUUUUAUCUAUGAAGAAAAUGCGUGAUUGGGCUACGCAUCUAAGCUGUGCUGAAGGAUCUCAGUUCCGCUACGUAGAGGUCUCAACCGCCGGACAUUUCUGGGUAGAACACGGCGUUGCACACGAGCUUAGAGAGGCUGUUUACUCCUUUUCAGCCCGACUCGUAAGGGGUUGAUGGCUGUCGGAUGCCUAUGUGGAAGAGAAGAUGACAUGGAUCUAUUAUUUCCGAGGUCCAGACGUAGCGCCUUUGAUUUACCAGGGCUAUAAUUUUGGUUGCUUUGGAUAUAAUAUAUUAGACACGGUUCUAUUCUUGGUUGUAAAGGUACCUAUUCUUUGAAGUCAAAUUCUCGAUGCAUAAAUUCUUGUAGGACUUGUAAUACUUGUAAUACUUGUAAUACUUGUGGCUUAUAAAGAACCAGUCUAGAUCGAGUCUUGUGGUCCUCUAAUUGCUUACAUUUACAUAGAAUGUGUCUGGUUUAUGUGCAAUGUCAGAUGUACAACUCAACCCCACAUAUCGUUCCUAUAUAAGGUACCUUUUAUAAGCACUUCCCCGUAUUCUAUACUAUACCCC